CAUCUUCACCAUCCCGCCGCCCAACCAGGAGGCCGUCGACGCCGCCGAAAAGCUCAAGCGCCAGUACGAGAGGUGCAUCGCCCUGUGGCAGAAGAAACAGCUGCGCAUGCGUCAGAACAUGAUCUUUGCUACCAUCAAGGUUGUGAAGAGCUGGGAUCUUGCCCAGUUCAUUGCGAUGGGAGCAGAGCAGCGCAAUGCCAUCCGUAAGGCGCUGAACGAAGACGCUGAGAAAUUGAUCCAAGAAGGAGACCCGAACGAUCCUCAGCUGAGACGACUGAAGCGAGAGAUCGAUGAAGUCAACAGACUCUUCGAUGAAUUUGAGCGUCGUGCAGCCGAACCCAAGCCAGGGGCAGUGCUGUCCGACCAGUGCAGCAGCCUGAAGGAGUACCUCGACAUGAUGGAGAAGACGCUCAUCCAACGGUGCCUUGCUGCCAUUCCGCGGGACCUGGACCUCCUUGAGCAGCUGGUCAUCGAGCACAAGCAAUUCGAGAACGACCUCUCCUCGCAUGAGCUGGAGGUUGAAAGCAUCCAGAAGAACUACCAGAACUUGACCCGACGAACGCCUGCCAUACAACGCCAGGUCGAGUCCAUCACACAACAAUGGGAUCGCAUCUGGGCCCUCUCGCAUGUGUAUAUCGAACGAAUGAAGUGUGUCGAGAUGGUUGUGACUGGUAUUGAGGAGGGAACCCAAGUCGUGUCCGAGGUUGAGUUGAAGCUUGCUGAGCACCAGGACCUGCCUGACGAACUCGAUGACUUGGAGCGAGUUCACCAGGAACUCCUCGACAUCCAGCAGAUUGUCCAAGAUCAUCAGGUGUUGAUUGAUCGCCUCCUAGAGGAGUGUCGCAAUGUACGCACACUUGUAGUCAAGUCGAGACCGAGUCAGAAGAUCCACCCGGAUGUAGACAGAUUAGAGGAGGACGUGAGAAAGUUGCGCAUGCGCUGGGAGAACAUCUGCUCGCAGAUUAUUGAAAGGUUGCGAAGCUGUGAAGCUGCAUGCGAACUCCUCACCAAGUACCGCAAUGGCCAUGAUGUGGAGAAGGUGGACCUCAGCGACUUCGAGACUGGCCUCCGCAACCAGAAGAUUGAAGACCUCGGACCUUCUGAGGCCGAGCUAGAACUAGAGAGGUUGAGGAGCAUGUACAUGAAAAUUAUAGCGAAGAAAACAAGCAUAGAACAUGUAAAUACCCUUGGCGGCCGAUUCAUACGGGAAGCCAAGAUCUAUGACUUGCGCCUGUCCCAGUACAAGGCAAGUCUAGAAGAGGUACACCCUAGUCUGGACGCGAGCCUAAGGAAGAGGCCUCGCAUCCAGAGUGGGGAAGAGAAUGUGGCUCAGCAGCUGGACAAGCUCAACGCCCAGUACCAGUUCAUCGCCGACGAAACUUACGACCGAAUCGCCAAGAUUUACAAUCGGUUCCGACAUGAGAAGAAAUUCAACUUCCAGCUCGAAGAUCUCUCUCCUAUUAACUUGGACAAAACUUUCCGUACGGAGCUUAACUUGCAAGAUGAUCGUCAGCCAGACAAGGAGGCCCUCAUCAUGGAGGAAGGUAUGGAGUCGAGGUUACGCUCAGAAGCCCAGGUGACGGUGACAGGUGCCUCACUGCCCCUUCAGCGUCGGUCCUCAGCCACACAGCUGAUGGAAACUGACACUGUUGACAGUCAGGUCACCACCACCACGUUAGCGGGCUCCUCGCUUCAGGUUACCACCACUUCCUCCAUGCGACGGCUAACUCCAGCUUCUGCUGCUGCCACUGGGGUUGCUGAACCUCACUUGGUUCAUCCUGAGACCGGGGAGCAGCUGACUUUACACCAGGCCAUGGAACUAGGUCUGGUGGACUUGGCAUCAGGCAACAUGGUUCAUCCUACCACAGGGGAGACGUUCCCCUUGAAUGAGGCUGUGCAGCGUGGUUAUCUCAGCCCUGCUCUUUUGCAGCAUCUUCAGACUCCUUGUGGCAUUAAGGAUCCAACCACAGGGCGCGAACUAACACUUUUAGAGGCUACAAAACAGGGGUUAUUCAGUCCUGAAGAAGGCGCCUUCAGGGACCCCACAACAGGCAAACUACUAACACCUGAGGAGGCUGCUAAAGUUGGCUUCGUCAUUUUGGAGAAGGUAAGCUUCUUUACCCAACUCUGUGUACCAGUGGUGGCUCCGCUCUCUCUAUACCAUGCGAUAGUUGAGGGCCAUGUUAAUGUACGGACAGGAGAAUUCACCGUUCCUACUACAGGAGAAAAGAUUCCCAUAACACAAGCCUUUGCCAAGAAUUACAUCUCUGCAGAUCCAUCUUAUGUCUCAACGAGUGGCAUUACACUCUCUGAAGCCAUUGCUCAAGGUUUUGUAGAGCCAUUCUCAGGCCAGGCAGUAGACAGGAACUCUGGAAACAAGUAUACGUUAGACGAGGCUCUUGAGAGGGGUUUGUUAGCAUCACAUGUAAGAGAGGUCGUUAAUUCGGACACAGGCUGUAAAAUGACUCUUGCUGAAGCUAUUGAUGAAGGUGUGAUAGAUGUGACAGCUGGACGAUAUGUAAACAACGUUACAGGACAGAAAAUACAGUUUAAUGAGGCAGUGCAACAACAGCUCAUCUGUAGACCCUAUACAUUGAAAGACUGUAAUGAUCUUAAAAUCUUGGAUGCGAAUGGGCACAUUCAGGAUCCUCAGAUUAAGGAUUAUGUUCCCUUACUGGAAGCUGUAGGGAAGGGUAUUGUAGAUGUUGACCUAAAAUCAGUGAAGGACACUGCUGCAAAGACUCUUUUAACACUUCCUGAGGCCUUGAUGUUUUCUGUGAUACUACCUGAGGGAAAAUAUCGUGACACUGAGAGUGGAGAAGUAAUGAGUCUGAUUGAUGCUGUGAACAAGGGACUUAUUACAUCAGUAUGUACUAAGACAAUCUUUGAUAUAGAUGGCAUAAAAGAUCCUGAAACAGGUGACUACAUUAGCUUCAAGAUGGCUUUGCUCAAAGAUGUUAUCAGUCCAAAAACAGGGUUAUUCAAAGAUCCAAGAACAGGUAAGACCAUGACCUUAGAAGAUGCUGUAGCAGCUAAGAUGAUCCAACCGCAAAUACUUGAAACACUUAAGAUGAAUAUAGGAAUGGUUGAUGAGGCAGGGAAAGAAAUGAAUGUAGUAGAUGCAGUAUUGUCAGGACGGCUUGAUCCUAAUAGUGGUGAGAUUCUGCAUCCCACAAGUGGAAAGGCUGUUGCACUUGAGGAUGCAGUGAAUACAGGUAUAGUGACCCCUGAAGGAGCUGCUACACUGAAGGGUCUCUUGAGCGUAACAGUUACUACUGCCACAAUAACCAAGACUAUUAAGAGGUAUGUGACAGUCAAAACCACUGGAGUUCUAACAACAGAAUCUAGAAUUACAUUAAAAGAGGCCCGAAGCAAAGGUCUUGUUGAUGAAGUCCAAGGCACAUACCAUGAUCCUGAAACUGAUAAGACUAUUCCGCUAGAUGAGGCUAUUCAACAAGGUCUUGUAACUUUGUCUUCAGAAUGGCCCACUACUCUACCUAGUGAUGAAUCUACUGCAGAUUCCCUUAGUGGUUCAUUAUCGCCAACAAGGGAGGCUACAAAACGUCAUCUGUCCCCUGGAAAGUCUCCAAGUCCAGUAAAGGCUGCUAGAACGGACUCGGAAAGAGAGGGUUCUUCAUCACCUGAAAAAGUUGAUAGAGACAAGUCAAUAAGCUCUCGUAGUUCAGAGGGAACUGAGGCAUCAUUAGACAAGAGACCAGACACACUUUUCCAAACUUCCUCUUCAAGAGAAGGUUCUCCCACAAAGUCAGGACCAGAUUCACCUUCUAAGUCUUUCAGUUCAAGACAGGGCUCGCCUUAUUCUGAUUCUAGGGAAUCCCCAACUAAAUCUUUUGGCUCUAGGCCAGAUUCUCCAAUGAAAUCCAGUGGUAUAGGUCCAGAAUCUCCAUUAAAAACUGAUGAAUCUACUCCAACCUCUCCAGAAAAGGGAAGAACAGGUAGGGUAAUUGUUUCCCCAGAGAGAAUGCCACCAGGCACAAAAACAUCUCUUAGGUCCCCAGCUGAUUCUGUUGACAGUGCUAUGGGCAAUGUUGAUGAUUUAGAUAUGACAUCAUCAGGGGCAUCACUUACAGGCACAACAACUGUAUUAAAUGAGAGUUACACUGCUAAAACCAGAACACUUGAAUUGCCACCAGAUGGAUGGUACCUCAAGGAAGCUAUCACUGAAAAGCUGUAUGAUCCAGUGAUGGGUCUCUUUACCAUCCCUGGUACAGAUAGAUUAGUGAGUUUUGAAGAGUGUGUCAAGAUUGGAAUAAUUGAUCCAAGAUCAGCAGAGGUAGUUGACCCUAAGAAUGGUCGAAUUAUUGCUUUAACCAGAGCUCUAGACAAGAAAAUUCUUGAUGCUACAGGAAAGUAUCCAGAUAGUGAGUCUUCUAACAGGAGGCUUACUAUGCAAGAAGCUAUUACAAAGAAAUUUGUAAUUCUCAAAGAUCGCACAGAUUCCCAAGAGUUUGUAUCUGGACGUGUUAUUCAGAUCACAAGUGUGGAGGGACAGCCAGACAAAGUUCAGGUGUCGGGUGAUGCUACAAACAUAUUUACAGAAAUUAAGACUAAUGAAGCAGUAGUUGAUUCAGCCCCAGUCGAAAUCAAACCUGGUAUGAUGUUUGAUCCUACACAGGGCAGUGUUCAGCUUGAUGAUGGGUCUGUUGUUGAUGUUGUGACAGCUGUGAAGGAAGGCAAGAUUCAGCCAACUGGAGUUAAAGUAAAGGAUCCAUAUUCUGGACGAGAUCUCAAUAUCAGUGAGGCCAUGAGGAAGGGAAUCAUUGAUAAAGAGUCUGGUGAAUAUAAAGAUAAGACUGGUCGCAAGAUUUCCCUUACAGAUGCUGCAAAAUAUGGUGUCUUAGGAGUUGCUGCUGUUUUAGGUGCCCCUGUAAUUGCUGGCGUUGCAGCUGCACAGGCUAUCAAGAAGGGUAUUAAAAAAGUGAAAAAGAUUGAUCCCAAAACAGGCACAGAAAUCAUUAUUGAAGAGAGUGUUGAAGUCAUUACAGAUUCUCAGAGCGAAGAGGAAACUUCAGAGACUGUUGUUGGUAAAAGGAAGGAAUCAACAAUUAAGUCCACAACAGUUGUAGAGACGGAUAUUGUUCUUCAAGAUCCUGUAACUGGCCGGGAGAUGACCCCAGAGGAAGCCUUUGCAGAGGGACUAAUUUCUCCAGAAGAACUGGAGGAAAUUAAGAGUUCUGCUCAAGAAAGAAUUGUUGAGGUACAAGAUGAAAAGGUAUCAGAAGAGGACAUGAUCACAAUUCCGCAUGAAAAGGAAUAUCAAAUUCUAGGACCUGAGGACACCAGUAAAGACAAAGAAACAGUUUUGCUGGCAGGGUCACCAGUGAAGACCCCUUCACCCAUGAAAGCAGGGUCACCUGAGAAGCCAGGAUCACCCGUGAGAGCAGGAUCUCCUGAGAAGGCACUUUCACCUGUAAGAACAGGAUCACCCGAGAAGGCAGGAUCACCUGAAGAGGCACCUUCAUCUGUGGGAGCAGGAUCACCUGAGAAGGCAAGAUCACCUGAGAAAGCUCCUUCACCUGCGAGAGUAGGAUCACCUGAGAAGGCUCCUUCACCUGCGAGAGCAGGAUCGCCUGAGAAAGCUCCUUCACCUGCGAGAGCAGGAUCGCCUGAGAAGGCUCCUUCACCUGCGAGAGCAGGAUCACCUGAGAAGGCUCCUUCACCUGUAAGGGCAGAAACACCUGAGAAGACACCUUCGCCUACAAAGACAGGGUCACCAACAAGGACAGAGCCAACUGAAAAGGCAGGGACACCAGAGAAAUUACCUUCACCUAUUAAAGCCGAAUCGCCUGAAAGGGCAGGUUCUCCAGAGAAGAUUUCAUCUGUAAAAUCAGGCUCACCUGAAGAGGCAAUCUCACCUGUUAAAAGUAGUUCACCUUCAAAAACAUCCCCUGUAAGUAGUUCCCCAGAGAAAUCUGCAUCGCCGGAGAUGGAAGAUGUUAUACGGAAAACUAAGGAACCUGAAGAAUCUAGUUCACUAAGUAAGGAAAAGGCAGGUUCACCUGAAAAGGAUUUAGCAGAAGGCUUGUCUCCAGAGGAAGUUAAUGGGAAACAUGAAGCUGAAGGUGAUCUUGCAGACUCGAAAGACCCCACCAGACAAGAAACCUCCAGUCCUGAUGAUUUUAGUGACAGGAAAAUGUCUCUUGGUGAGAAGACUAGAGAACGUGUUACAACUGAACCCAAAUUCAGUGUUGCUAUAGGACGAGCAAAGUCUUUACCAAGCCCUGACCAUGAAGGAAAACCUGUCAGACUUCAAAAGGUACGCAGGAAGACUAUGAAACCCAAACAAGCAGCAUCAAAGGGUGUUGUUGAUGAAAACACUGCUGCCAUUCUUGAAGAUCCUAAUACAUUCCGCGGACCAGAUGGUGAAUUAAUAACCCUGGAAGAAGCCCUCAAGCUGAAGAAAAUUGAUGGAGACACAGGAGCUGUGCUUGAUAUUGCACGAGGAGAGCCUUUAACAAUUACAGAGGCUGUAGAAAGAGGUGUUCUUGACAGGAACACUGGUAAUGUGUUGAUUCCUGUUGGGCGCAGUGUUACUCUCCCAGAAGUUGUAACACAAGGUCUCCUUGACAAAGAUUCUCAAAAAUUCAUUCACCCUGAGACUGGUACCAGUUUAACACUUAGUGAGGCAGUUCUCUGUGAUAUCAUUGACCCAGUUUCACAGGUUAUUGAGCCAAAUACACAAGAAAUCAUCACCUUGGAGGAAGCUAUGAAAAAAGGUAUUAUUGACCCAACCAGUGGUCAAGUAACUGUUUCCAAAGGACCUGUGUCCAUUUUAGAGGCAGUUGAUAUGGAUAAUGUAUUUGUUACACCGACUGUUGCUAGGGUAGAUUGGCUUCCACCUGUGGGAAUGACCUUCCCUGUUGCUUUGCAACGAGGCCUAGUUGAUGCUGACAAUAAAGAAAUAAUUAAUCCUGUAACAACAGACCGUCAGCCACUAAAAACAGCCAUUGAAAAUGACUUUAUUAUGGCAUUGCCAUGCCCUAUUCUGCCAGAGAGUGUUCAAGUAACUCAGGCCCUUGACUGUAAACUAAUUGAUACAGAAUCCUGCACAUUCACUAUACCAAACACCGGACAAGAGGUCCCUGUUGAAAAUGCUGUUGAAAGUGGUUUGCUUCAAAUCAAGCCUAUGACAACUGUUUUGUCACCAGAAGAAACCAUUAUCAGCCAAGAAGUAAUAAGAGAAACAGUAAGGACUUAUGAAACUAUUACCACCACAACAGUAAAAGUUGAAACUGGAUAUAUCCUUAUCAGCCCUACAGAAGUGAAAAAUGAAAAAACUGGUGAGAUACUGUCUAUAGAAGAGGCAAAGAAAAGAGGCAUUGUUGAAGAUCUUGGCACAGAGGAGUAUGAGGAAAAACCAACAUUUAGAGAGGCAGCAGAACAAGGACUGAUUGACUUCGCUAAAGGAACCUUUGAAGACCCUAACACAGGUAAUGUUAUUCCAAUUGAUAAAGCCAUUCAAAAAGGUCUUGUGGAGCCCAUGGAACCAGCACCCUCUACUGAAGUUACCAGUAAAAUCAACAUUAUGCAGGCCUUCUCAACAAUAUAUCAUGAGAAAUCUGGGAAGUUUAAAGAUCCCCAGUCAGGUACUCUGUUGACACUUGAGGAAGCAGUUGAUAAAGGAGUAAUUGAUCCAGAAGCAAUGGUCUAUGACACAAAGAGUGGUCAGGCAUUGUCAACUAAAGAGGCUGUAGAUAAAGGUGUAAUUGAUGUGGAAGCUGGAGACUUCAUUGAUGCCAAAACAGGAUCAAAGGUAAAAGUAAAGGAUGCUGUGAAGAUGGGUUUGCUUGCAGUUAUCGGUGCUCCAGUUCUUGCUGGAAUGGCUGUGAAAGAAGUUAUUAAGGUGGCUCAUGACAAAAUAAAAUCAUCAUCUGCAGAAAAGAAAACUAUUGUGACUGAGAUCAUAGAAGAGUAUGAACCAGUUAAGACGGCAGAGGACAUGCUUAAGAGACCGUCCAUGCAAACUGAGGAUGACGUUUCUCUACCAGUGGUUGAAGUUGGUCAGAAAAUGACCUUAAGAAAUGCAAUGGAGGGACGUUACAUUGAUGUAGAUUUGUGUGUAGUUGUAUCCCCAUCCACAGGAAAGAGACAGCCUUUAAGGCGUGCCAUAAUUGAAGAGUUUGUUACUUUAGUUACUGUAAUUGAAAUUCGCAGUCGAACUGAGAUCUGGAUUGUUGAGGAAAUCACAAUUAUAACAGAAGUUGUCAGGACUUUGGAUCCGAAGGUAAUGGCUGAGAAAGGUCAGUAUGAUCCUAGUAGUGGCAACUUUGUUGAUCCAGAUACUGGUAAAGAGAUCUCAUUCCAGGAAGCAAUAGAAAAUUCUGCCUUCAACCCAGUACUUACAGUAGUGAAAGAUCCCACAACUGGAAAGGAAAUACCACUUCAGGAAGCUCUUGAUAAGGGCAUUGUAAGUCCAACGACAGGAGAAGUGGUAGAUCCUCAGACAGGGGAGUCCCUUUCAUUCUUUGAAGCUGCCCAGAAAGGUCUCAUUAAACCUGAUGAGAAAAAGGAACUGACAGAAGAAAAACCCAUAGCUGUUGCUUCUUUGGAUGAUGCCAUUGGAAAGGGUCUCCUGAACCUAGACACAGGAAUGUUUACUAAUCCUGGAACUGGUGAAUCAAUGACAGUUAGUGAAGCAUUGAAGAGUGGUCUUCUAGAUCCUGCUACCGUCCAUAUAUAUGAUCCAAGGAAUGAGGAUGUAACCUCCUUGAAGGAAGCAGUUGAAAUGGGGCUAAUUGACCUAGAUUCAGCCAAAUACACAGAUCCAGAGACAGGUUGUGAGAUGGAUCUGACAACAGCCUUAUCUAAAGGAAUUUUGGUUCCUAAGAGAAAGGCAAUGUCAUUGGUGGCUGUGGUAAACAAAGGUCUUUAUGACAAGAAGUCCGGCAAAAUUAAUGAUACCAUUACCAAACAAAAGCUUGAUGUGGAUGAGGCUGUAAAGAGAGGUAUAGUGAAUGCCUUCAUCACCCUCUGCAAGGACACCAAAGCAGACAAAUAUAUUACACUUGAUGAUGCUCUGCUGCUUGAUCUAGUAGUAGCUCAAAAUGGGAAGUUCAAAAAUACAAAGAGCAACUUGUUCAUACCUUUGGAUGAAGCAGUGAAACAAAAAUACAUUGUGACUCACCGUACAUCUGUUCCUCUUACUGAUGCUGUUCUUGGUGAAAUGUAUGAUCCCACAGAAGGUACAUUCUAUGAUGCGUGUGAAGGUGAUGAGUUGACACUGAAUGACUCCAUGGCUUGCAGAUUAGUGGACACAAGUGUCUGUAGAGUUAAGAUCGAUGAGGAAACUUACACCAUAAAAGAUGCACUUGACAAGUCCAUAUUGGAUGGCGAUUCUGGCAAGUUGCUUCAGCCAGAGGAGAUGAGCCUUGAUGUAGCAGUGAAAAAAGGUUACUUGAUAACUAUUGUGGGUACAUUCUCAUUGCUCCAAAUUAUUGAGGAUGGUCUCUAUGAUCCAGAAACAGGUCUGAUCUCUGUAGAUGGAGAUCGCAUUACCAUUAAGGAUGCAAUUGAAAGAGAUGUUGUUGAUGCUUCAUGUUUAACAAUAAAAGACCCUCGGACUGGAGAGACAAUAAGCUUGGAAGAAGCAAUUAAAUCGGGCUUGAUUGAUCCUGUUACUGGUACUUUUAGGGACCCUGUAACUGGUGCAGAUGUGGAACUAACAGAAGCAUUAUCAAAGGGUGUAGUGGUAGAAGGUAAAACUACCUUUACUUUGUAUCAGGCUGUAACCAAAGGCCUGUACAAUCCAAGUACUGGUCGAGUUACAAGCCCAGUAUCUCAAGAUCAGCUGACUGUUCACAAGGCCAUUCGCAGUGGCAUUAUUGACACUAGCACAACCCUAGCUAGAGAUCCAAACACAGAGAAACUGAUGAGUUUCAAACAGGCUACUGCAAACGAACUAGUUGAUACCAGAACUGGCAUGAUAAACUUUGGUAGAAUCAAAAAGAUGAACUUCAAGGAUGCAUUUGAGCAGGAUUAUCUCAUGGAAGCUCAGAUGCCAAUGGCUCUCAGAGUAGUGAUCAUGAAAGAACUCUAUGACGAGGAGAGUGGCAGGUUCUUGAGUCCUUCUACUGGGGAGUGGAUAACUCUGUCUGAAGCUCUAGCUGUACAGAUGAUUGAUCCAGACUCAACACAUGUGAAAGACACACUUUCUGGCCGCCUUAAGAAGGUUAAUAUUAGAGAAGCUAUUGAAUGUGAUCUCAUUGAUGGUGAGACUGCUCUGGUCAAAAACCACCAGACAGGCACCCAACACACUAUAUUAGAAGCAUAUGAACUAGCUCUGAUUGUUGACAGUCGUGUUGCCAUGUCACUUCAACGUGCCUUGCAUCAAGGGUUAUUAGAUGAUGAACAGGGACUUCUUACAGAUGUCAACACAGGUAAAAAGAUAACCUUACAUGAGGCAAUGAGACGCCUUGUAAUCAACCCAAGCCUUCCAUGUUACUGGGACAGCAACUCUUCAACAUGUCUUUCAUUAGUACAGACCUGCAGAGAAGGUAUUAUUGACCGCCGGCUUGGCAAAUUCAAUGACCCGAAAUCAGGAUGCACUCUUACCUUAAUGGAUGCACUUGACCAUGGAAUGAUCCUGGAUAUUGAUAGACCUCAGAGUUUGUAUGAUGCUGUUACUAUGGGUUUCUGUGAUCCUAAAACUGGUAGAAUGAUACAACCUAAUACAGGAAGGAAAUUGACUUUAGCUGAUGCCUGUAAGCAAAACAUAAUAGAACCAUCUGUGUCAAUCAUUAGAGAUGCUAGCAAACCUCGUUUCAUGAAGCUGAAUAUUGCUGUAGGGGAAGGUCUUAUUGAUGAUAUUAAGGGGAGAUAUGUUAUGCCUGAGUCAAGAGAAGAGCUCACACUUGAAGAAGCUGUAGAAAAGAAGCUCAUAGUUACAUCUAAACGACCUCUUACUGUGGAAGAAGCUUUGAGCUAUUGCUUGUACACACCAGAAACAGGCCGUUUGACAGAGCCAUGUGUAGGAGACAGACUGGACCUGGCUGAGGCCAUUGAUCAUUCUCUUAUUGAUGGAAACACAACCGCCCUAAAGAAUCCCGCAGAUAGCACAAUUAAAAGUAUACGUGCUGCUGUUGAGGACCUGGAUAUCGACGUCUCUAAAGGCAUGGUUACAGAUCCCCAAACAAAGAAAGCUUAUCCUCUCAAUGUAGCCUUUGACAGGGGCCUUAUUGUAACUGUAGGCAAGCCCAAAAGCUUUAUGCAAGCUGUUCGUGAGGGAUCCAUAGAUUUUGAAAAAGGUACCUACACAGAUCCAGAAACAGGUAUUGAAUAUACACUGGAAGAAGCUCUUCGGUUUGAAUUAGUGGAUCCAGAUUCUGCAGUAAUCAAAGAUCCAAGGACAGGAAGAUACAAAACUCUUAAGAGAGCCAUCCAGGAAGGGCUUGUUGAUCUGAAAAAGCGUGCCAUGUUUGAUCCACAGACUGGUACUCUAAAGACCUUAUGCAUAAUCUUUGACCAAGGAACAAUAGUGUUCCUUAGAGAGCCUUUAUCAUUUGAUGAAGCUAUCGACAAGGGCCACCUGAAUACAGAGACAGGAAUGUUUAUUGAUCCCAACUCCAAGGAAGUUCUAAAUCUUCGGGAAACCUGCCGUCUUGGUCUGAUUGACCCUAAGACUGUCCUCGUCAAGAAUACUCGAAGCAGGCAACUUCUUCAGCUGCCUGAAGCUUGUGAAGUAGGUGCUGUUGAUGCUGAUAAGGGUAUGGUUUAUAAUACGGCUACUAGUCACCUACUAACUGUCGCUGCUGCAAUGGACUCGGGACUCAUCAUCACACCACGCCGUGGUUUAGCUCUCUUAGAGGCACUAGACUACGGUCUCUUUAAUGAGAAGACUGGCCACUUGCUCAACCCUCAUGAGAAAAAGCAUAUAUCCCUACGAGAAGCAAUAUCUUGUGGGUUGAUUGACAGCACAACAACCAUGGUAAAGUGUCCCGCUAGUGGCAGCAUCCAUGGUAUUACUGAGGCUGCACGUACUGGUUUGCUGGACGAUCAGGGUGGUGCUGUGAUUGACCCAACCUCAGGCACUCGCUACCCACUACCUGAGGCUCGUCGACAGGGCUACCUGCUCACCGCACAAGCGCGGCAAGCAAUGAUCGAGAAGUACAAGCAGUGUGAUGCUACAAUAGUAGACAUGAUGGACCAAGUGAGUGAGAUCGAACGGCGUUUGGCAGAGCAAGAGCCAGUUAGUGAGAAUGCCAAUGGUCUUCGGAACCAGAUCAACACUGUUAAGGCAAUCAAAGAUGAGUUGGAUGAAAUGUUCCGUCCUCUUGGAACAUGCUUGGAUGGAGUACGCCAGGUAGUGAACCAGGGUGGCGAUGCUCUAUCGCGUGAGGAACUGGAGUCUCUGGACAUGGCUGCCACCAGGCUGAAGCAGCGCUAUGACAAGUGUGUUGACCAGGCUGAUACCACCCACCGCCGUCUUACCACUGCUAUGGAGGAGUUCUCCAAGUAUGAAAAGGAGAUUGCUCUCUUCCAGACAUGGCUGAUGCAGGCAACUAAGACUUUGAUUGAAAAAGAGCGCCUUUGCUCAGACCUCAACAAGAUCAAGAACCAUGAACAGGGAUGUCGAGACUUCUUAGGUGACGUCAUUGCCCACCAGGCUGACCUCCGCUUCAUCACCAUGGCCACCCAGAAGUUCUUGGAUGAGUCCAGUGUGUACCUCCGUACAGUCAACAACUUCCGCACUUCACUUCCAGAGAGAUACCCAGUUUUGCAAGCUGAUCCCGACUCGGUGGUCCGCGAUGCCGCUGAUGACGUCACGGCCGAGUUUAAGGAUCUGCUAGCCAGAGCCAACAAACUAGUUGAUAAGGUUACAAGUGUCGGCAACAAACAGCGCGAUUACACUGAAUCCAUUGAGAAGGCCAUACGCUGGUUGAAGGACACCGAUGUUAAGAUUACCAGAAUCCUUCAGGAACCGGUAGGGGCAGAGCCCAAGAGCGUCCAGGAUCAGCUGGAUAAGACAAAGGCCAUUAACAACGACGUAGUUGCACAGUCUCGCCUCUUCGAUAACUGUCGUGGAACGGCGGCGGCGCUGCUGCGUGCGCUGGAGGGGGAGCUCGACGCCAACGAGAGAGACGCCAUCGAGCGCCCUCCUGAAGAACUCUACGAGAGGUACAAUGAGUUGGCCGACCGCCUGGCACACCGCUGCCAGGAGCUGGACACCGCCCUUGUACAGUGCCAGGGCGUGCAGGAGGGUCUGGACUCGCUCAUGGCCUGGCUCUCGAGCAUCGACUUGCAGCUAAAGAACGCCAGCAAGCCUGCAUCUCUGAACCGCGAUCGCCUGGACGAACAGGUGCGAGAACACCGCCAGCUCCACGCCGACAUCAUGUCGCACCAGGCGUCGGUGGUGCAGAUCAACGACUCCGCGGAGGCGCUGCUCUCCUCCGCCUCCAACGCCCGCGUGGCCAAGAAGAUCGAGACCAAGCUGAGGGAACUCAACACCAAAUUCGAGAAGGUGGUUGAGCGGUCCGAAUCUCGAGGUCACCACCUGGAAGUCGUGUCCACACAGCUCGAAGCCUUUACAGUGUCCGUGGAGCACUUCGAGGAAUGGUACAUCGAGAUCGUGGAGGUCGUGGAGUCGAGGGAGGUGCUUUCUCUCGAUGUUGAAAGCUAUGCUCGCAAGAUUGAUGAGAUUGCACGUCAACGUGAUGCAAGAACUGGUGACUUUGAUGGCAUGAUCAAGACAGGAAAGGAGCUUGUGUCGAAGAAGGAUGUCACAGACACAGCACCUGUAAAGGACAAGAUCAAGAACCUAGAGGGCCAGUGGAAGGAGCUUAAUGACACUCUGGACGAAAGAGCACGCAAUGGCAAAGAGAGGUCAGAGCAGCUCCUCGCAUACGAACAGCUGCGAGACCGCUGCACUCAGUGGCUCACCACCACAGAGAACAUCCUUGAUAAUGCCCAGGCUGUUGGCCUUGAAACUGAGAUUGUAAAGAGGCAACAUGAGGAACUCAAGCCACUUCACAAGGAAUUCCGUGAAUAUGCUAGCACCAUUGACAAACUCAAUGAACUUGGCAAUGCAUACGAUGCCUUGCUGCGAGGUGAGAGGCCAGAGAGUCCGACAAGACGUCGAUCAUCUGUCACACCAGCCAAGCGUCCCUCUAUCACGUCGCCUCUGAAAUCCCCAGUGAGGCGAGUGUCACAGGACGCACGUAGUCCCUCACCCACGCAGAAGUUCAUGGGCUUCAACGGGUCUGGCCCCAUGUCACCCAUCCCUGGUGGUUAUGCUAGCAGGCGCACAUCACAGGAAGGAUUCCACCUCGAUGAUAUGAGUCCUAUCCAGAAGGAGUUGAUGCAGGUGAACAACCGUUAUGAAAUGAUUGGAAUGAGAUUAGGUGACCGUCAGAAUGACCUAGAUACAAUGAAGGAGGAGCUGAAGAAAUUAAGUGACAGCAUUCGCUCUCUCAACACUGUCUUGGAUAAGGCAGAGCGCAGCAUGCCAAGAGAUGCUGUGCCCACUACAAAAGAGGAGGCAGAUAAACAUAAUAGGCAGUGCAAGAGCAUCCAAGAUGACCUGCUAGAGAAACAGCCUGCCCUUGAUUCACUGAAGAGCCAGGUCAUUGAGUUGAUCAAGAAGAGGCCUACAGCUCCUGGUGCUGAUAUUUUACAAGAUCAGUUUGACCUUGUAAAUGAUCGUUAUAAGGAGCUACAGGGUCGCCUCAAAGAUCGUCUCAGCUUCCUAGAACAUACCAAAGACUUCCUUGAUAGCCAUGAUGCUCUCAACAACUGGCUUAAUUCAAAAGACAAGAUGAUGACUGUCUUGGGCCCAAUUGCUUCUGAUCCUCGCAUGGUCCAGAUGCAGGCUCAGCAGGUGCAGGUGCUCAGGGAUGAAUUCCAGGCACAGGAGCCAAAGCUUAAUGAUCUGAAUGAUGCUGGAGACAAGAUCAUCAGUGUCUGUGAGCCCAACUCAAUGGCUGGAAAGAAGAUCAAUGACAAAUUAGAUGCCAUUAACAACAAGUGGACUGAGCUUAUUGGCCAGCUGGAUGCUCGAGACUCUGCUCUUAAUGCUGCAUCUGAUGCUAGCACAGAUUUCUACAACAAUUACAACAAGCUGCAUGAUACCUUGCUCAAGCUGGGUGAAGAUUUUGAUGAAGUUUCAGCCAGUGGUGCCGAUUCAGCUCAGCAAAUUCAAGCUGUGCAAGAUCUUGAGAAAGGUUUGGAGAGAGUACGUGCUCCUCUUAUUGAUCUGGAGGGCUUGGGUGAACACCUAGUCUCUAUUCUCUCUGAUCCAUCUUCCAAGUCUGAUAUCAAGUCUAAGGUCACCCAACUUAACAAAAUGUUCAAUAACUUGGAGAGGAAACUUGGUAACAGAAAGUCAGAGUUGGAAGCCUCCCUCAGAGAUGAAGAAAUGUUUGGCCAGUCAUGCCAAGACAUCCAAGAAUGGUUGGCUGACCAAGUGGCUCAUCUCAAGGAUAAACUUCUGGUUUCUGCAGACCGAGAUAUUCUCUCUCACCAGGUGAGUGACUUUGAGCCAGUCUACAAGGAUCUGAUGGCCAAGGAACAUGAAGUCAUUAUGAUGAUUAAUAAGGGCAAGGAAAUUGUUGCCAAGUCAUCAAGAAAAGACUUGAACAGACAGUUGUCAUCAACUCUUGAUGCAAUCAAAAAUGAGUGGGACAAUGUACGCAAGACUGCCGUAGAGCGUCGAUCCAGACUUCAGAAGUGUAUGGAUACUUGCAAUAAGUUCCAUAACAUGCAAGAGAAAUUCAACCCAUGGCUAGACAAGGCUGAAGAUAAGGCAAGAAACAUGGAUCCAAUUGCAUUCACAAAGAAGGCCAUUGACAAGCAGAUCAAGGAGAUCCAAGCGUUCAAGAAUGAUGUGUCCCGUCACAGUGGAGAAUUUGAGAAUAACAAAACAGCAGGAGAUAAGCUUGUUGGGUGCACUGACACUGAUCAUGAUGGAGUUCAUGAUGCCCUUGGCAUUAUGAAGGAGCGCUGGGACAACCUCAAUGCUAUUGUCAUGGCAAGAGCACAAGAUCUUGAUGAUGUUUCAGCAACAUUGGCAGAUUUCAAUGAAAAGGCAAGAGACCUGGACCACACACUCCAACGCUGUGGGGACAAACUUGCCUCUCUUGAUACUUUAGGUGGAGGUGGCAAAGAUGCCAAAUCACUGGAGAGAAUGAAGGCAUUGCUUGAUGAAACCAAUGCUCUUGGUAAGCAGGUUGACCAUGUAAGACAGAAGGGUGAAGAUCUGUGCACUGCUGCUGACUCUGCAGGAUCAGAUGCUACCCAUAUUCAGGAUGAAGUUGAAAGACUGUCAGACCGUUAUGGUGAUCUAAAGGGUAAGCUUGAGGAUCGUUGUCAUGAUUUGGAAGAAGCUUCCCAGGCUGUUAACCAGUUUGGCGCUCUUGUAAAGAAUGUCGGUCAAGAACUCACGGCAUUAGAUGAUGAAAUUGACCGUAUGGCCCCAGUUGGUAGAGACAUCAAGACUGUUACAGGACAGAUUGAUCAGCUACAGAGCUUCUUGACCAAGGUUGACCAGAAGGCAGAUGAAAUUGAAGAUGCAAAGGCAGCUCUGGAGGAUCUUGUUGCUCAAGGGUUCACAGGUAGUAAUAACCGCACUGCUGAGGAUCAGAUUAAGCAGCUUGGUCGCCAAUUGAAGAAAAUCCAAGAUCGUUGUGAUGUCCGUGGCAAGGACCUUGACACUGUUUUGAACAAGCUAGAAAACUUCUACCAGAAAUACAAUGUGGUAAUGGAGGAAAUCAAUGAAACGGACAAGGAAGGUGAAGCAUUUAAACCAGUUGGUGCAGAUGUUGACACAAUCAUUGCUCAACAAGAGGAAUUCAAAAGAUUCAAGGGCAAACACAUUGAAGCUCUAGGAAAGCAAGUAACUGAAUGCAAUAAGCUUGGUCAGGGGCUCAUUCAGAGUGCUGCAUCAGGUGUUAAUACCCAUGAUUUAGAGGAUGAUAUUGAUGGUAUGAAUGAUCUCUGGAAUAAACUGAAGGAGAUGAUUGGCAACCGAGAGAAGGCUCUGGAUAAGGGCUUGAUGCAAUCUGGCAAGUUCCAGGAUGCACUGGACAGUAUGUUGCAGUGGCUUGGCAACUUUGAAGAGAUGAUGGAAAAUCAAGCACCGAUCUCAGGUGAAUACUCUGUGGUGAAGGCUCAAGCUCAGGAGCAAAAGUUCUUGAGAAAGAUGCUUCUUGAUAGACAGAAUGAGAUGCAGGCACUCUUGUCCAUGGGACGUAGCUUGGCUGCAGAUCUAGAACCUUCAGAGAAGGCCAAUGUAGAAGGACAGUUGGAUGAUUUGCUCAACAGAUUUGAUGAUGCCAAUGCCAGAUCACAGGAGCGCAUGGAGGCUCUUGAAGAAACACUAAAGGUUGCCAAGGAGUUCCAAAACAAACUGAACCCCAUCACAGAAUGGCUUGACCGCACUGAAAAGAAACUCAAGGAAAUGAGCACAGUGCCAUCAGAUGAAGAAAAAAUCCAGAAACUUCUUGAUGAGCACGAUAACCUUCAUGAUGAAAUCCUUGGCCAGAAGCCUGCAUUUGAUGAUCUUACUGAUGUUGCUACAGCCCUCAUGAACCUAAUUGGAGAUGAUGAAGCUAAUGCAUUGGCUGACAGGUUGCAGUCGACCACAGACCGCUAUGGCCAGCUUGUAGAAGACUCAGAAGCACUUGGCCGUCUUCUGCAAGAAUCAAAGGUGGGUCUGCGCCAUCUUGUUCUGACCUAUGAGGACUUGCUCUCAUGGAUGGAUGAGAUGGAAGCAAGGCUCUCCAAGUAUCGCAUCCUUUCUGUGUUUGUUGAGAAGCUCUUGGAGCAGAUGGAUGAACUUACAGAUCUGGGUGAAGAAGUUGUAUCUCAUGAAAAACAGGUUUCAGAGGUAAUGGAAGCUGGCUCUCAGCUCAUGAAGCACAUUUCCAGUGAUGAAGCUCUUCAGCUGAAGGAUAAAUUAGACUCUAUCCAAAGACGGUACAAUGAUCUUAGUGCCAAAGCAACUGACCUUCACAAGUCUGCCAAUGAAGCCUUGCCUUUGGUUCAACAGUUCCAUAGUGCUCAUGAUCGUCUAGGGUCAUGGAUGCUGUCUGUUGAGGGACAACUCCAGAGCAUGGACUCCUCAGGUCAAGGACUGUUGGAAGAAGAGAUUGAGAGGUUAGCUCAAGAGAUCCAAGAACAUCGCCCAUUGGUAGAAGCUGUAAACUUGGUUGGACCUCAACUUUGUCAGAUCUCUCCAGGUGAGGGUGCAUCAAACAUCGAAACACUUGUCACUAGAGAUAACAGGAGGUUUGAACAGAUCUGUGAACAGAUUCAGAGAAGGAUGGAGAGAAUUCAUAUGUCCAAGCAGAGAUCACAGGAGGUCACACAUGACAUUGAUGAGCUGCUUGACUGGUUCCGUGAGGUAGAAGGUCAGGUCAGGGAAGCAGAACCUCCAAGUGUGGAUCCUGAUGAGAUUCGAAUCCAAUUGAAGGAGCACAAGGCUUUGAAUGACGAUGUUGCCAGCCAGAAGGGUAGAGUGCGUGAUGUCCUGUCCAAUGCUAAGAAGGUCUUGAGGGAAGCGCCACAACAUGAAGACACAAGUGAACUGAGAGAGAAGAUGGAUGACCUCAAGGAGACCAUGGAAUCUGUCUCUAAGCUCUCAUCAGAUAGGCUCUCCACCUUGGAGCAAGCUCUACCUCUGGCAGAGCACUUCUUUGAGACUCAUCAUGAAUUGGAUGACUGGCUGUCAGGCAUGGAGAAUGAAGCUAUGGUGAUGGACACCCCAGCACUGCGUGCUGAACAGAUUAUCCGUCAAAUGGAGAGAAAUAAGAAUUUCUUGCAGUCCAUUGCUGACCACAAGCCAUUGCUUGACAAACUGAAUAAGACUGGUGGUGCCCUUCUUAAACUUGUCAAUGAAGAAGAUGGCAAUAAGAUUCAAGACCUUCUUGAAAGUGAUAAUGACCGUUACAAUGCUCUAAAGAAUGCACUUCGUGAACGUGGACAAGCUCUUGAGGAUGCUCUUCAAGAAACCAGCCAGUUCUCAGACAAGUUGGAUGGCAUGUUAUCUGCUUUGGCUGAAACUGCAGAUCAGGUGAAGAAUGCUGAGCCCAUCUCUGCUCAUCCUGAGAAGAUCCAUGAACAAGUGCAGGAGAACAACAGUAUCAUUGAUGAUCUUGACAGGAAAGAGACAGCAUUUACUGCUGUUAAAGCAGCUGCAGAAGAUGUCAUCAACAAGGCUUCACGCAAUGACCCUGCUGUCAAGGAUAUUAAGAAUAAGUUAGAUCGUCUGAACAAGUUGUGGGAUCAUGUGCAAAUGGCAACUACCCAGCGUGGCCAGUCUCUGGAAGAUGCACUUGCAAUGGCUGAGAAAUUCUGGGAAGAACUACAAGGUGUCAUGGCUGCCCUUAAGGACCUGCAAGACACACUGAAGGCCCAAGAGCCAGUAGCUGUAGAGCCUCAGGCAAUCAAGCAACAAAGAGAUGAACUCUCACAGAUCAAGACCAAGAUAGACCAAACAAAGCCAGAGGUGGAACAAGUUCGCCAGACUGGACGAGAUUUGAUGAAUCUCUGUGGAGAGGCAGACAAGCCUGAAGUUAAAAAGAACAUUGAAGAUCUGGAUUAUGCUUGGGAUAAUGUCACAGCUUUGUAUGCCAGGCGAGAGGAGAACUUAAUCGAUGCCAUGGAGAAGGCUAUGGAAUUCCAUGACACACUGAGGAACAUGCUCGAGUUCUUGGAGAAGGCAGAAGACAAAUUCUCAGGAAUGGGUGCUAUUGCUGGAGACAUUGAAGCUAUCAAGGGCCAGAUUAACCAGCUGCAGAAGUUCAAGGAUGAGGUUGAUCCACACAUGGUCAAGGUUGAGGCCCUGAACAGGAGUCUAAGAAGACAAGCUCAAGAACUCAAGGAACGCACCACUCCUGAUCAGGCUGCUGCUAUUAUGGAGCCUUUGGGAGAAGUCAACCGACGAUGGGAUGAACUCCUCAAGGGUAUUGUAGAAAGACAGCGUGACUUGGAAUAUGCCUUGCUCAAGCUUGGCCAAUUCCAGCAUGCCCUCAAGGAACUACUUGUUUGGAUCGAGAGAACCACCAAGAACCUGGAUGACUUGAAACCUGUGUUUGGAGAUCCACAGGUCAUCGAAGUAGAGCUUGCCAAGUUGAAGGUGACUAUUAAUGACAUCCAAGCUCAUCAGUCAAGUGUAGACACCCUUAAUGAUGCAGGACGGCAGCUGAUUGAAGCUGAUAAAGGCUCUGAAGAUGCUUCCAACACCCAGAAGAAAUUGUCAGAAUUGAACAAGAAGUGGAGUGAACUGCAGGACAAGGCUAGCAGCAAACAGAAUGACUUGGAAACUGCAUUGAGGGAAGCUCAGAUCUUUAGUGCAGAAAUCCAGGAUCUCUUGCUCUGGCUUGGAGACAUUGAUGCUGCAUUGUCAACCUCUAAACCUGUUGGUGGUUUGCCAGAAACUGCAAAGGAGCAAUUGCUUCGUUUCAUGGAGAUUUAUGAUGACCUAGAGGAGAACCGUUCCAAGGUUGAGGGUACACUUCAGCAAGGCCAGGAGUACUUGAAACGUUCUCGUGAAGGAUCUGCAUCCAAUCUGAACCAUAGUUUAAGAACUCUAAAGCAACGUUGGGAAAGUGUCAUGAACCGUGCUAAUGACAAAAAGAUCAAACUAGAAAUUGCUCUUAAGGAGGCCACUGAAUUCCAUGAUGCCUUGCAACAGUUUGUCGACUGGCUAACAGAGGCUGAGAACUUCUUGAAUGGCCAACAGCCAGUUUCUCGUGUUCUGGAUAUUAUCCUCCAACAAAUUGAAGAACACAAUAGUUUCAAGAAGGAUGUUACUGCUCAUCGUGAGGUAAUGCUUAAUCUGGAUAAGAAGGGAACUCAUCUCAAGUACUUCAGCCAGAAGCAAGAUGUUAUUUUGAUUAAGAACUUGCUUGUAUCAGUUCAGCACCGCUGGGAAAAAGUAGUGUCCAAGGCAGCUGAGAGAACUCGUUCACUCGACCUUGGGUUCAAGGAAGCCAAGGACUUCCAUGAUAAUUGGAAUGAACUCAUAUCCUGGCUCACUGAUGCUGAGAAUACUUUGGAUGAGCUUGCAUCCAAUGUGGGCAAUGACCCAGAGAAGAUCAAGGCUCAAAUUGCUAAGCAUAAGGAGUUCCAGAAGGCCCUUGGUGCUAAGCAGCCAUCAUAUGAUGGUACAAUGAAGCAGGGUCGAAGUCUGCAGAACAAGGCACCAAAGACUGAUGAAGAGACACUGAAACAGAUGAUGGCAGAUCUGAAGAACAAAUGGAAUAGUGUGUGCCAAAAGAGCGUAGAUCGCCAGAGGAAACUUGAGGAAGCUCUUUUGUUUACUGGUCAAUUCAAGGAUGCCAUCCAAGCUUUGUUGGACUGGCUCAAGAAGGUGGAAGUUGGGCUUGUGGAGGAUGGACCAGUUCAUGGAGAUCUGGAUACCGUUAUGGCUCUUGUGGAGCAACACAAAGCUUUCUGUGCUGAAAUGAAGAACAGGUCAGCUCAGGUUGAAAGUGUACGUCGCACUGCUGAUGAUCUCCUUGUCAAGGCUAGUGCUGAAGAUGCUGCUACCAUUAAAACACAGAUCAUUGAGUUAGUAAGCUCAUGGGAGAAGGUUGAGAAAGCCACUGAAGUUCGCACACUGCGUUUGGAAGAGGCUUUACAGGCUGCUGAAAGAUUACACAAGGUUGUGCACAUGCUAUUGGACUUAAUAUCCCUGCACACAUGCUGAUUGGCUGUCUGAUGCUGAGAUGAAACUUCGAUAUGCUGGCCCCUUGCCAGAUGAAGAAGAAGAAACAAGGCGACAGAUUGCUGAACAUGAAUCCUUCAUGGCUGAACUGGCGCAAAAGGAGAAGGAGAAA